AUGGAGUCAAGAGGCGAGUCAUCCAAGCCACGCUCGGUUCAGCCAGCAGCGGAGGAAGGGGCACCACACAGGCGAAAUAUCCUUGUUCUCGGCUCGAGAAAAUCCGGCAAGUCGAGCUGUAUCAAGACAGUUUUCCAGCAGGUGCCUGUCAAGGACGUACCGUUCUUUGGAGUGACACAAAAGGUGGAGAAGAUCAACUACAACUCGAUAGUCCAGCUGCAAGUAUGGGAUACACCGCCAAACUUUGAUGUGGACCAGCUGGAAGGCGGGCUCAAGUCCUUCUCGACACUAGUUUAUGUCAUCGAUAUGCAGCAAGACGACACCUAUCACGAAGCGCUCUAUCGUUUCGUCACUAUCAUGCUGAAGGCAUACAUUGCCAAUCCUGGCAUGAAGUUUGCUGUCUUCAUUCACAAAGCUGAAAUGCUGUCCGAGGACUAUAGAGGAGAAAACUACGCCGAGAUCCAGCGGACAGUCCAAGAAGACCUCGAAGACUUUCCCUAUCACACCCUCCAAUCCCUCGACCCCAACACCAACUUUUCCGACCAGUCUGUCACGCAGGCAAUCACGAACCACCUCAUGGGCGAGACGCGCUUCGAGAUGACUAGUAUCCACGAUGUCAGUUUGAGGGACGCGUGGAGUAAGGUUCUGCAGGGGUGUAUGGAGAUGCUGCCGGCGGUAGAAAGCUUAUUGUUAAACUUUACUGAGACAUCCGGCAUGGACAACUCGUAUCUCUUCGAUAUACGUUCUGGGGUGGUACUCGCUACCGACAACAGACAUCGGAAUGAUGCGACGCUGGAACAGGUCACCGAAUAUCUGAGCAGAUUCUUACAGUUCCGCCAUCUCUACAAACAACUGAGACAAGCCUCAGAGCAGACAGGCAAUGAGCCACCAACAGCCGAUGCGGACGGAGAAGACCUGGAAUGGUGGGACAGGGAAGAUCCCUCAGAGCAGUGGAUGACCCAAGCGACAAAGCUGUCGCCGAACACUACCCUGUCAUUGUGGCAAUUCACACCAGAUGUCGCACUAGUCGUUCUGCUCCGGACAGAUACUUGGCAAAGUAGAAGAGGAGGUAUUGAGUACAAUCUGACAUUCCUGCGACAGGGCGUUAGGAGGAUCAUGCAGGAGGUAUAA